UUGUCUGCAUCUGACGUUAAUAAAGAUGCUAAAACAACGCGGGACAUCCAUAGCAGGAGGCAGUUACGAAGUUGUACGGCACGCAGAUCCCAAGCUAGGGCCUUAUCCAUCAUCCUUGAAUUUCUAUAUCGAUCCUCCCCCUUACGAGCUCACUCUCAAUGAAUUUGAGACUUUCGCCCUCGACCGUCUUCGGGUCCUCAAAGCUGUUGAAACAGCAUAUAUCCGGUCAAAGAAGGAGGAAGAUGCAGCUAAAUACAUUCAAAAUGUACAUGAUGAGCACCUACAUCUUGGACGCAACGUGACAAUCAAUCGAGUAGGCGCUCAGAAACUCUACGAAGAACGCCGCAAGGACCACAUUAGUCACUUCAUUCUCCGUCUUGCAUAUUGCAGAACUACCGACCUUCGACAGUGGUUCAUCAAGCAGGAGACUGCUUUGUUCAUGUACAGAUACAAGCAAGAGGAGCAAGUAGAACGUGACCGUUUUCUCAAGCACGUUCAGAUGGACAUGUCGGUCAUCACACCAGAAGAGAAAAAGAAUCUUGAGACUGAGCUUCGAGCAACACACGGCCUGUCAACAGACGAGCUCUCGCAGAUAAACUUUUAUCGAGUGCAGUUUGAACAGGUCCUUGACCUCGUAGGUAGACGUCAGGUAUACUUGCAUGCAGGAUGGGCUUACGUCCCGGAACGAGAACAGCCCACUCUCGUUGCCAACGCCUUCCGAACUCACCUGAACGCCGCACUUGAAGCUACGGCAAAGGCGGUACCACAAAUGGACGAAGACGAUCGACUUGUUCCGGUGCUUAACUCGAUUUCAAAGCAGUACCUUUCCAAAGCUUAUACACCAGGCUCGGGAGGCCCAAGGGAGCACGUAACCAGCGACGACAUUGAUGGACUUGUCCCACAUUUCCCACCAUGUAUGAGAAAUCUUCAUGAAGCCCUCCGACAUGACGGACAUCUAAAACACAUGGGCCGUCUCACGUACGGUCUGUUCCUGAAAGGCGUUGGCCUUCCCCUUGAAGAAGCCCUUCUCUUCUGGCGGAAGUCAUUUCACAAGAUGACAGAUGACCAGUUCCAGAAAGGGUACGCCUAUAAUGUUCGAUACAACUACGGUGCAGAGGGCAAACGAACAAACUAUACGCCAUACUCGUGCAUGAAGAUCAUCACGUCGAAUCAACCGGGGCCUGGGGAUCAUCACGGUUGCCCUUUCAAACACUUCUCAAGUGACAAUCUGCGGACACUGAUGCAUCGAUAUGGAGUAGCUGAGAGUGGUAUAACAGAUAUAGCCCGCUUGGCUCGGGAGGGACAUUACCAGGUUGCCUGUACAAAGCUUUUUGAGGUCACUCGAGGGCAGGCCCACAGGCAGGCGAGAGCUGCAGCUGGAGAGGAAGGGGGCGGCAUAAUUGAAACUAUAGAGCAUCCAAAUCAAUGGUUUGAUAUGAGCUACAAAGGUGCGCAUCGGCGACAGCGAAAGAGCACUCGAGGCGGACCGUCGGAGGGGUCGCAUUCUGGCGAGGAAGGGGUUACGGGGGCCACUCCGAUGGAGGUAGACCGAUAAAAAAAGAUUGAAAUAUCAGAACCGUCAUCUUGAGUUUGGUGUACAAAAGAAUGAUAUCCGUAGCAACUCCA